ACCAGCAUGCAUGAGGCAAAGCUCAGUGAGGAAUGUGAUGAACUUAUGGACAUAAUACAAAGAAGAAAGCAAAUGAUUGCAGUGAAGAUUAAGGAAACAAAAGUAAUGAAGUUAAGGAAACUUGCUCAGCAAAUCGCAAACUGUCGACAAAGGCUUGAGCGAUCAACAGUGCUAAUUAACCAAGCUGACCAUCUCCUUAAAGAAAAUGAUCAUGCAAGGUUCCUUCAAGCUGCCAAAACAGUAGUAGACAGAGUAUCCAUGGCAACAACAUCUUCUCAAGUUCUUCUCCCUGAUGUCAAUUUAAAUGAUGCCUUUGAAAACUUUGCCCUGGAUUUCUCUAGAGAGAAAAAAUUGUUGGAAGGUUUAGACUAUGUAACCGCUCCGAACCCCCCUACUAUAAGAGAAGAACUGUGUACUGCAUCUCAUGACACUAUGACAGUCCAUUGGAUGUCUGAUGAUGAAUUCAGCAUUGGUUCUUAUGAGCUACAAUAUACCAUCUAUACUGGGCAAUCCAAUUUCAUCAGUCUCUAUAUCUCCAUGGACAGCUGGAUGAUUGUGCCCAAUAUCAAGCAGAACCAUUACACUGUGCAUGGACUCCAGAGUGGUACGCGUUAUAUAUUUUUGGUCAAAGCAAUAAACCAGGCUGGAAGCAGACACAGUGAUCCGGCAAGGCUUAAAACUAACAGUCAGCCGUUUAAACUUGACCCUAAAUUUGCACAUAAAAAGCUAAAAAUAACCAAUGAUGGAAUGCAGAUGGAAAAAGAAGAAAGUUCAUUGAAAAAGAGUCAUACACCGGAGCGCUUCAGUGGAACAGGAUGCUAUGGGGCAACUGGUAAUGUCUUUAUUGACAGUGGAUGCCAUUACUGGGAAGUAGCUGUAGGAAAUUCUACAUGGUACGCAGUAGGAAUUGCUUACAAGUCUGCUCCUAAGAAUGAAUGGAUUGGAAAGAACACCUCUUCUUGGGUUUUCUCUAGAUGUAAUAACAAUUUCCUUGUUAGGCACAAUAAUAAAGAGGUUCUCGUGGAUGUCCAUCCUCAGCUGAAACGUUUGGGUGUCCUCCUAGACUAUGACAAUAACAUACUUUCUUUCUAUGAUCCAGUUAAUUCCCGUCACCUGCACACAUUUGAGAUCUCAUUUAUCCUGCCUGUUUGUCCUACGUUUACCAUAUGGAACAAGUCCCUGCUGAUUUUGUCAGGUCUCCCAGCUCCAGAUUUCAUGGACACAGUUGUGUCUCUUCAGCCAGAGAGUAUUUGUAGACCACAAGAAUCUCCAUAUGUAUCUGGACUCAAACCUUGCCAAUGAACACAACAUGGCAACCUGCCACAGGGCCCUUCAAUAGGAGUAUAAGGAUGAAGCCACACCUAUACUUUUUGUAGCACUUUUAAUAGAUUUUAACUAUUAAGCUACAGCUGGAGUCCAAAUCAGUAAACCAGUGCACUGCAGCUGCCAUUUCACACAAAGUCUCAGUGUAGUGCUAUUUUUUCCAUCUAAAAUAAUCUCAGAUGGAAAUGGCUAAAACAGAUGAAAAAUGUGCAUAACGGAUGCUUAAAAUACAGGAUCCAUUAUUUUUGUUUUUUCUGUUCUUCUGUUCAACUUUAGAUAUUGGA